AUGCAGGCGAUAACGGCGCGGCAGAUUUUCUGGGGCGUGACGACAUCCGCCUUCGUAGCGUCCGCGUAUUGGGGGAGCUUUACCAUCCCCGCCGCGUACGAAAGCGAUGGAAGGGCCGGCGCGCUGCUCAUGACACUGGUCGUGUGCUCCAUCUUCCUUCUCGUGCUCUUCAUCGGCUUUCUCGUGCUCGAGGUUAGCGAGGAACUCGCCGGCAACGAGGAAAGACGCAACGCGAAGGCACCGGUCGCCGGUGACAUGGCAGAGGGGAAGAAGGCUUCUUAACAGGGAUUCGCUUGCAUUAGUGCGAGCUUCUUGUUUUUUUUUUUUUGCUGUUGCGGACUUGAAGGAUACUUUCCCAGGCGGGCCAUGGUGUUUGGAAUAAUCGUCGGUUUCGAGUUGUUCACGGCACACACCCCCGUCGGUGGCCCGCCAUCGGAGUCAUCAUCCAUACACGGGUGAAGAUGGGAUUUAAGAUGUCUUCUGUGAAGACUACUCUUCGCAUGGGUCAUUCUCCUUACGGAGGGGUAAUUUCAAGUGGCAAGGUGUGAAGGGACGGGGCGAAGUGUAUUUCUUCCCUGUGCGAUUUUCCUUGGUGGGCAAAUGUUUUUACUAACUGAACCAUAGUCGCAGUCGUCAUGAGGGAAAGAUAGUUUCCAAACAGACUCGCCAACGUUAAAGAUGCCUAAAGAUUCGAGGUGAA